UAUCUGUCCAGACACACACAGUCACACCGAGCAGUAAAAUGGCCGAUCGUCAACCAACUGACUUCACAGCGCUUUAAACAGAGAUUCCGACACUUUCGUUUACAUGAUCGUAUUCCAUAUUUAAAAACUAGGAUUAUAGAAGGAGUGGUUCCAUGACUAGCUCUUAGACCUUGAUGGAGUGUUGUAUUUCACGUUGCCUCAAAACCCAGAAUUUCGCACUUAUGCACUUUAGCUUGAAGACUCGCUGCAGUGCAUGUAAUUCCUGAGAAAGGAGGAUCAGGAAAGGGAACAGCAGUUCAUGGAAGACAAGAAAAGGAAAAAGGAAGAUAAAAGGAAACGGGAAACCUCACAGAAGGUUGUCGAGCAAAAAAAUAAAGUGCCAGAAUUGACCAAGCCUCCAUCUGCACAGUCUCCUUCAACCCCCAACUCGGCUUCCCCCAGCCCUGGCCCUGUCCUCUCUUCAACACCAUCCGCUGCCACCCCGGCUGCUGGCGCCCUCCCUCAGGGUGGGAACAAUGCUAAGCGGCCGGCGGUGGCCAACGGACAGCCCUCCCCCGGCACCCAGAGUUCUCAGCGCUACAUGCCCCGUGAAGUGCCCCCUCGAUUCCGUUGCCAGCAGGACCAUAAAGUGCUACUGAAGAGGGGCCAGCCACCACUGUCCUCCAUGCUGCUGGGGGGAGGCAUCAGCGGGGGAGACAGCCCCAAUGAAACAGUGACUUCUGCCUCAGAUCCAAGCCAGGGCCUUGUGUGUCCAGCUGCUCUCUCACUACCACAUACGUCGUCAUCCUCAUCAAUCGCUGCUUCUUCUUCUUCAAAUUAUGCAAAUUCCAUGUGGGGGGCCAGCUCUGGCAGCCAACCCCCCUCUCAGGGCAGGGAAAAGGUGAUAGUGGACCGAUCAGACCUGGAGGAAUGGCCCAGUAUUGCUGCUGGGGAUGGAUCAAAGGCAAGAGAUACAGCAGGUACUGGAGGCGCGGAUGGUAGCGGGAUUCUGAACUGCAGCACCUCAUGGGGUGAGAGGCAUCUCCAGCAGCAGGCAAAAGUUGUGGGAGGAGGGAAUGGAGGCAGGAAAAUCAUUUCUGGCAGCCCCUCCCCACCCACUUCCUCCAGUUCACCCAAUGAAUGUAUGCAGUCUGGUAGUGUUUGGGCUUCAUCCUCCCAUGAACUCAUAGGGGGAAAUGCAGUAGCAGCAGGCUCAUUGCCCCCCAUAUCCAAAGCUGCCCCUCUCCCAGGGAACUCUGAUGGCUCCCUUGGUGUCAACUGUGGGAUUCCAGGUGCCAAUUUUACCCCUAAUGCCAAUCCCUCUGCUUGGCCAGCCCUUGUACAGGAUGGGGCUGGGACAGUUGCAACAGAGGUUAGCUCCUCUUCCCUCCAAAGCUCAUCAUUGUCUGCCAGCAACCCUCUUUCUGUGAAUCAAGCAUCUCAUCAGCACCAACUUCACCAAAUGCAAUCCAGAGACAGAGAGCCAUCCUGUGGAGAGUGGAGUGGCACAGCACUGGAACCAGGAACAGGACCAAAAAACAUGGGAGUGGCAGAGGGGGCUGAUAUGGACUCUGGAAGUACAGGUGGAGGAGAUGCUUCCUCUUCCUCCUCCACCAGCUCAUCGUUGUGGAGAUCUCAGCCUUUCCCUGCAAACUCCAAAACGGGUGCCUCAAGGACUGAAUCUUGGGAGGAUGGAGCAGGGGUGAGCUCCGUGUCUGCUGAAGGAGGAAAUGCAUGGGGUUUCACUGGCCAGAACGAUCGCAAAGAUUUGACAGGGGCAAGUGCAUGGGAAACAGCAAGUGGGGGUCAGACCUCCGGGGUAUCUCAGGGAGCAUGGGCUGGGGACCAGGUGUUGGUUGGGGACUGGGGGGCUUCAGGUGGUGUUGGAGGUGUCAGCAAUCCAGGUGGGAAAGAUGGAUUAAGCAGUAACAGCAGCAGCAGUGGUGGUAGUGUUGGCAACCCAACAACAACCUCCUCCACACCUUCAACUAUGACAAGAGCUUGGGACAAUCAGAAAGGAGUUGGGGAUGUAGGGGCAGGAGACUCAAGUGAGUGGGGAGGCCAGGGUAGCAGAGGUGGGGAUGGUACCUCGUCCUCUAGUGGUGGAGAAAACUCCAGAAGUGGCAAUCAGCGCCAUGGUCACCACCAUUCUCAUCAGCCUCCCAACCCUGAAGUGGCCUUACAGAAUCUGCUUAGCCGGUCUGACUUGGAUCCCAGAGUGCUGUCCAACUCUGGGUGGGGACAAACACAAAUCCGUCAGAAUGUGGCAUGGGAUUUGGAGGGAGGAGUUGCAGCAGCACCACCAGGUGGAGCCAAUUCCUCUUCUUCAAUGAAUGCACCUGCCCAUACCCAACUAUACUCUGGCUCUACUGGCACCACAACUACUGAUCCAUCUUCCUCUUUGCAUCAAGGUGCAAAUCUGAAGGCCAACUUGAACUCAAACUCCAUCCUUGGACCACCAUCUGUCUCACCUGGUGAGGGCUGGGACAACAGUAGUAGCAGCAGCAGCAGUUCUUCUUUGCACACUCGAGGCCCUCCACCCUCUAGUGUCAAUAUCCAAAACCCUGGCGUCUCACAAUCUGGAGGUGGAGGAGGUAAUCAAGCUAGUGUGCAGGGCAAGCCAUCCGGGGGCUGGGGAGGGACGGCUUCAUCAGAAGGCCAAAUGAAAGGUUGGGAUAACGAGGGACAUGAGUGGAGAGAGCGCCGAGCAGGAAGUGGAGCAAGCAGGUGGGGAGAUUUUCAAACACAGGGUACUCCAGCAAGUGGAGGUAGUGGCUGGGGAGAAAGUCAUGAAGAGAAAGGAACUGGGGGUUGGAAAGAUAUGGGGAGAGGAGAUGCAGGCAAUUGGGGACAGAGAGGUAGCAGUGACUGGGGAGAGAAUGAACCCAAAUCAUGCAGUGCUGGUUGGGGGGGUGGGAAGGGUAGUGGAGGUACUAGUGGGGAUUCAGAAGUGGGUACAUGGGGUAAUUGGGAUGAGGGAGCUCCAAGAGGGGCGUGGGGAGCUGGAGGGACAGGAGUGGGUGGAGACAUGGGUGGCAAAUCUCACCAAGGCUGGGGUGGGAAAAUGCACCCUUCGCAGAUGCCAAACAGCCAAUCGGCCUCACAGAAAGGCCCGGCACAGCAGCAGCAGCAGCAGCAACAAUCACAGCCCCAGCAGUCUCAGUCAAUGGACACAGGGGCCAUGCAAGGGGGCUGGGGAAGACCAGGAGGUCCUUCAGCCCAGAGCCAAAGUUCAGGAUGGACUUCAGGGCCCAUACCCCAAAUUCCCAGUGGCCCUGGAGACAGUUCAGAGCCUUGUGGUUGGGAGGAGCCUUCUCCACAGUCCAUAAGCAGGAAGAUGGAAAUAGAUGAUGGAACAUCUGCUUGGGGUGACCCUAACAACUACAGCUGUAAAAGUGUCAACUUGUGGGACAAGAACAACCCCCCAUCUGGCCAGGCACAAUCAAUGUCCCCUCAGCAGGGACCCCCAUCCCUGCAACAGCAGCCACCUGGAAGAAUGGCAGCAGGCCAUGGGAAUAGAGACAUGAACCUUACACAUUCAUCAAACAAGGGGACAGGAAUAGCUUCGUCUGGAUGGGGAGGUAAUGGCUCUCCUUCUAGUCCAUGUGUGGACAACGGUACUGCAGCCUGGGGCAAGCCCACUGAUGCACCCACUGGUUGGGGUGAACCUGAAGACACUGGCAAGACAUCAGGUUGGGGAGACCCCUCCCCCAAUCAAGUGAAGUCUGGUUCAAAGCCUAUGCAAGAAGGUUGGGGUGAAGGAGAAGGCUCAGUCAGUGCUUCACGUCACUCCAGCUGGGAGGAGGAGGAUGAGAGUGGUGGUGUGUGGAACAGUGCUGGUUCCCAAGGCAGCAGCUCCUCAUACAACUCGGGAGGCUGGGGAACCAAGAAGGGUAACAAGGGCUCGAUGAAGGGUGCAGGAGACUCUUGGAUGAACCCUAUGACCAGACAGUUCUCAAACAUGGGGAUUCUGGGAGAGGACCCCAGUGGUCGUUCCUUGGAUCUGGCCCCUGGUCCUCCGCAGGAUAAAAAGAUGGAAGGAGAUAAGCGUGGCAUGGGCUUGAAUGAGUACAAUGGAGAGAUGCGUAAAGGAGGACGUGGAGGGGGAGCAGGAACAGUCUUCCGUUCACCUGGUUCCAAAGAGAUUGGGGCUUGUGAACCUGGGCCUUACUAUGACAAGACGAGUGGUCAGUUGUUUAGUAGUGGAGGUGGGAUGGCACAGUCCAGGCACCAAACAGGUGUGCCGCCUAUCAACCCAUCAGUACGCGCGCAAGUGCCUCAUCAGUUCCUGUCACCGCAGGUGCCAGGCUCUGUGCUAAAGCAGAUGCCUCCUCCCAGUGGAGGCAUUGGAGGUGUAGGAGGAGGCAUCUUUCCUCCACAGCUUUCCCCACAGCACAUUGCCAUGCUCAGCAGCAUCUACCCCCCUCAAAUCCAGUUUCAGCUGGCCUGUCAGCUGCUAUUGCAACAGCAACCACAGCAACAACAACAGCAGCUGCUGCAGAACCAACGCAAGUUCCCCCCAAAUAUAAGGCAACAAGCAGAUCCCCAACAGCUUGCCAGAAUUAUGGCUGUUCUUCAACAGCAGAGACAGCAGCAACAGCAGCAGGUGGGUGGUACAGGGGGAAGCUCCAAACUCUCUCCUUCUCACCUUGGUGGGAGUGGCCCAAAGAUGCCCAUGUCAGACCCACUUUCACACCCUGGCUUGGCUGGCUCUGUAGCAGACCUGCAUCAGAAAACGCCAGGCACUUAUUCUGGGUUUGGGCCAGGAGUGAACCUCUCUGGUCUAGAACUGGGUCCCAUGGUUGGUGGCCAGGCUGGGUUGAAGGACAGUGGUGGACAGCAGUCUCGUUUUAGGUGGAUGAUGGAAGGUCAUUCCCCAGCGCCCUCUCCUCCUGAUAGCACUCUCCAUAAAAAUGGUCCCAUUGCUGCUUCUCUUAAAAUAAGAGGUGGUUCCCCAUAUUCCCAGUAUGAACUGCUGGGAAGUGAGGGUUUGGGUGUGCCUCCACAAGGGCCUUCAGAUCACUGGCACCGAAGUCCUGGAAACAAGAUGGGCACCAAGACAUCCAGCUGGCCUCCAGAGUUCCAACCAGGUGUGCCUUGGAAAGGAAUUCAGAGUGUGGACCCUGAAUCUGAUCCCUACAUGACACCUGGGAGUAUGCUAAGCUCAUCGAUGUCAACCCUCAAUGACACUGAGCACCAGUUGCUAAGAGAUAACACAGAAUCAAAUCCCUCCCUCAACACCUUGCUGCCUUCACCUGGUGCCUGGCCCUACAGUGCCUCAGAGAGCCCCCUUAAUAAUGCACACAACCAAGCUAAGUACCCAGACUAUAAGCCCAGCUGGCCGCCUGAGCCCAUAGGGCACAACAAGCCUUGGAAGACCAAUCGCAACAGCUCCCACCUGCCUCGCCCACCUCCUGGACUGACCCAUCAGAAGCAGCCCUCAGUGUCUCCCUGGGGUGGAGGAGGCCCACGAAUGGGGAGAGGCUGGGGUGGCUCUGGAGGCAGCCAAGAAAACAGAUUUGGGCCUGGAUCUGGAUCUGCUUGGAGUGAUGGAGGAGCCUCUAGGGGAAGCUGCUGGCUGGUGCUAAGUAAUCUUACCCCUCAGAUUGAUGGUUCCACUUUGCGGACUAUAUGCAUGCAGCAUGGGCCCCUGUUGACCUUUCACCUUGGUCUGACCCAAGGUAGUGCUCUGAUUCGCUACAGUACUCGCCAAGAAGCAGCCAAAGCCCAGAGCGCACUUCACAUGUGUGUUUUAGGUAAUACCACAAUUCUGGCUGAGUUCGUGAGCGAGGAGGAGGUUGCACGUUAUUUUGCACAUUCCCAGGCUGGAGUUGCUGGAAGUGGCAGUGGAAGUGUUGGGGUUGGUGGAGCUGUCUCUGGGCCAGCAGGUGUGACAGGGUCAUCAGGGGCCGGUGCAGUGGGUAACAUCAGUGUUGGGAGUGGUGAUAGGGAACGGGCUGGAGUGGGAGGUUCAACAUCAGGAGGAAGUAACAAUGGUGGUGGAACGGGGCCCUCUGGCUCUACAUGGCAGAGUUUGGAUGGUACGGGCAGCUCCCCAGACCCAGCCUCUGCCCAGGGAGCAGGCUUGAGCAUUUUUGCCCAGUGGAGCAGCAAUGGUGCUGGUGGUAGCGUGGGCAGCAGUGCAGGGGGUGUUGAUCCUGGCAGGGCGGGGUUGUGGGGGGGCAUGACUGCUGGGUACACAAGCAGCAGUCUGUGGGGGUCUCCAGCCAUGGAAGAUCGGCACCAGAUGAACAGCCCUGCAGCACUGUUGCCUGGAGACCUGCUGGGAGGAGGAGCAGACUCUAUCUGACUGAUGCAGCCACUUGCUGACAAAUAGAUGUGCAGCAACACACACAUAACAGAUAUGUACAUGUAACAAAGUUAUUCUCCUAUUAUCACAAACACAUUCAGGAAUAUAGGAACAUUCAUCAGAAUACAGGCAGUUUGCACACAUACAUGCGCUGCAGUCAUUGGCCGGGCGGAAAAUGCAUAAAAAUACAGCCAAGUAUUUAGUAUAUAUUUGUAACACCUCUGUACCCAAGAUUCAAAGAUAAGCACUCAAACAGCAGAUACAGAGUAACACUUAAUCUCCUAAGUGCUGAGAAGCAGACCAACUGCAUUACAUAACAAAAUGCAUUAAGCCAAAAUUAUAGACAACACUGGUUACAAAUGUACACACUGUUUAACAUCAUUUUUACCUGAGGAGUGUUUCAAACUCUGCUCCCCAUAAUCUUAUCUCCAUGACACAUCCCAUCAUCAGAAGCAUGGAGGAGCAGUGUGUGGGACAGUUUUACAUGGGCAAGGCAGUACAGAGUUAACAACCAAAACAAACGUGCACACGCAAACAUCCCAUUUCUUACCCUUAAAUGAAGACUUCUGCAGCGAGACUUGAACAGGACAUGCAAACAGUUGGACUUAGAACUGACUCAACUGGAUGAAUCCUAACCUUGAGGUCAUAGAGAUCACACUCGCAUACUGAGAUGCUCUCACUCAGGCAUGCACUGUAAAGGACAAACCAGACAAAAAAAGGACAAAAAUAUGCAUCCUACAACGUUCGUAGAACACUCAGAAUAAAGGACGAUACAUUGUGUUACAGCUCCAUUGUCAUUCAGACUUAAAUUACUCGAACACUGUUCUGAUGUCUGACAAACUGUAUCUUGUUGUCUUUAUUUGUUUUAAAUGACGGUGAAAUCCAGAAAAGAAAAUUUUUCAAAUGCUGACCUCAUUUUUUUUUUUCUUCUUAAUCAAGUAUGUUGUCAUAAUGACGAUCACUUGGAUGUUACUUAGCUGUACAAGGUGCCCUUUCUGCCUGUGCGUUUAUGAGUGAAGUCCCCAGUAGAGGAGGUGACGUUUGGAGUGUUUGCGAGGCAUCAGUGAAUGUGUGUGGCAGCCAGAGAUUAACAAGCAUGGUGUAUUUACAAAGAUCAGUGCUGGAUUAGGGAGGCGAGUAAAUGUAUAAGUGACAGCUUAUUUCAGGUGUUUAAUGUCUAUGUGUGCAUGAUGUGUAUGCUGGUGUGGCUGUGCGUGUGAUUGUAGAUGGCAAAUUCAAGAACAUUGGCACUAAUGAAUAUUACUUAAUUUGUGGUUUUAGCAGCCUUUUUUGUUUUAUAUAUGGUCUGAAUUGCAAUAAUAAUAAUAAAGAAAAAAGAUUUUUUUAGAAGUUGCAACCAACUGAAGGCUUUCAUACUGAAACAUGAAACAUGCCAAACCUUAUUGUACCAAGCUGAGCUGGAUGGGUGUUUUAGGAACACUUAAAAGUUACCAAUUGUUUUUGUUGUUGUGUACCAUUAUAAAUUAAGGCGGGCUUUAUCACUCGUGUUCAGGUUUUUUUUUUUUUUUUUUUUUUUUUUUU